AGGAGAAAGCCGAGUGCGGACGUCGGGAACAAAGCUACGGCGGAGUCUGGCGGAGGCACUAAGGGACCAUGGGGUGUUUUGAAUAAUUAUUAAAAUUAGCAUGUGUCUGCGCCAUCCUGUGGGUGUGGCGCAGAGCGGAGUGUAAACUCUAGCGGGGCUGGAGCAAACAUUGGAUUAGCGGCAGCAGCCUGCCAGCCUGCGCGAGGAGCGCGGGGACCAGCGCGCACGCCGCCGGGCACCAUGGCCUCGUCUCAGGGGAAGAACGAGCUGAAAUUAGCCGACUGGAUGGCAACUCUGCCCGAGAGCAUCCACAGCAUCCCCCUCACCAAUCUAGCCAUCCCAGGAUCUCAUGAUUCCUUCAGCUUCUACAUUGACGAAGCCUCCCCAGUGGGGCCCGAACAGCCAGAAACUGUCCAGAAUUUUGUCUCUGUGUUUGGAACUGUGGCCAAAAAGCUAAUGCGGAAGUGGCUGGCCACUCAAACAAUGAACUUUACUGGGCAGCUGGGAGCUGGGAUCCGUUAUUUUGAUCUUCGAAUUUCCACCAAGCCCAGAGACCCCGACAACGAACUUUACUUUGCUCAUGGUUUGUUCAGUGCCAAAGUCAAUGAAGGCCUGGAGGAGAUCAAUGCAUUCCUCACAGAUCACCAUAAGGAGGUGGUUUUCUUGGACUUCAACCAUUUUUAUGGUAUGCAGAAAUACCACCAUGAAAAACUGGUUCAAAUGCUGAAAGACAUCUAUGGAAAUAAAAUGUGCCCAGCAAUUUUUGCCCAGGAAGUUAGUCUGAAAUACCUGUGGGAAAAGGACUACCAAGUGUUAGUCUUCUACCACAGUCCAGUGGCUCUGGAAAUGCCCUUUCUGUGGCCUGGGCAGAUGAUGCCAGCACCGUGGGCCAACACCACAGACCCAGAAAAAUUGAUCCAGUUUCUUCAGGCAUCCAUCACUGAAAGAAGAAAGAAGGGCUCGUUUUUUAUAUCUCAGGUGGUGCUGACCCCCAAAGCUAGCACUCUGGUCAAAGGUGUGGCCAGUGGUCUCAGAGAAACGAUCACAGAAAGAGCUCUCCCUUCCAUGAUGCAGUGGGUCUGCGCCCAGAAGCCGGGGGAGAGCGGCAUCAACAUCAUCACGGCUGACUUCGUGGAACUUGGCGAUUUCAUCAGCACUGUCAUAAAGCUCAACUACGUCUUUGAAGAAGGAGAAGCCAACACUUGAUAGGACCAUUUGGAGCAGCCAUGAGUAAGAGAGAGAAGAGUCCUUGUAUUAGGCAUAGUAUCUAUAAACACUCUGAUCUAUUCCACUGAAUCUCUGAGGGGAUUAGGGCUGGUAGUGGGUGGGCAAGGGGAAACCACUUCUUCAGUGAUUAUCAUAAUACUCCGCAUUACUAUAAACAUUUCAUUUCCCAUUUGAUGAGCAAAAUCUACUCGUGCUAGGGAUAAACAAGACCGGUGGAUUUUGUUUUUCAGAAUUAGUCUUUCUAGUGUAUAACUCAUGAGUGUUUACUUGCUUGCAUUUCUGAUUUCAAGGUAGGGCUCCUACACUGUCUGUAUCCUCUAUCUGAACCUUACUGCGCCCUCUCUUGCUCGCUGUUUUUAAUCAGAUGCUGUAUGGGACUCGAAAUAAUUGAAUACCCUACAUAAUGUGUAUUACAUUGUUGUACUAAAAUUUAUUUGUUUUGUGGGACUUGGUGUAAUAUCCUGUAGUCAUCUGCAAUUGGGCAAUCAUCACUAACUUUUGACCAUAGAAAAUAUGCAUCCAAUAAGUUUCCCUGUAUCAUAAUAUUAGAGGCCAUAAUCAGUGGUUUUUGUGUUUUAAUAAAAUAAUAGUGUUUCACAGUAUUUCUGUUUAAGGCAGCUAUAAAUAUAGAGUAAAAACUUUUCUGGAAGAACUACUAGUGCCAACUCCAUAGUGAGAAAUGGGGGGAGGGGGUGAAGAUGGAAGCCAUUUUAAUACGGUACUCUCUUAAAUUAUAUGGCCCAGCAAGUGCUCAGUAAAUAAAAGACUUAAAUUAAAAUCAGAAAACUGAAAAUAACUCUUAUAAAAGCUCUCCUAACAAUUCUCUUGAUUAAAAAGAAAAGAAGAAAGAAGUGAAAGGUUGUUCAAGCUUUCCUACCAAAUUGGGAUUUCCCAAUGCAUAUUUUCUAAAUUCCAGAUUCUGAGGGAAAAAUUUCAAGAAGCUUUGAUUCAAGGAUUUUACUUAGAGCUGAGGAAGGAGGAAAGAUAGCAGAAAGAGUUGGAACAAUACUUUUGAAAUUAUGUCCAUAAACCUCAAUGAUGCAUGAAACAGCUUUAGGUGACCCUUACAUACAUGUGAUCUGGGCAGGCUUAUUGAAAAUUGGUAAUGACUCAUCACUUCUGGAUUCCAUCCUGUGCCAAGGUCAAGAUUGAGGCAGAGGAAAAAGCUCCACAGGAAAUUUCUGUGGUCCAACAUUUGAUAGUUAAGGUCUAUGGAGAAGAAAAAUAUUAUAAAUUUGAGCCUUUCGGUAUUUCUGUGCUAAUAUGACAUCUCUAAAGUAAUCUUGAGAGAGCACAGUAACCCUUACUCAUGUGUUUCACAGGAAUAUAUCGUGAGACAUUUUUAAAAAUCUACAAAUUAAUGAAAUUCUUACAAUUUUGAACUAUUUUAUCUUCAUGUUUAGAAGUAAUCACACCCUAAUAGUCUCCUGGGAAAAUGAAGUCCAUGUGAAGUGGGGCCAUAGAAAAAUAAAAGCAUGCCCUCAGUUUUUAAUGAAUUUAAUGUAGGGCAUGUUGCUUGAUCUCCUAGACCUAGAUGAGGGAGUUGACUCCAAGAUUAUGUAUGUGAAGAUUAUAAAUAAUCAAAAGUUGAUGACAAGAUUAUAAAUACUCAUCACAAAAUACUAUUUAUUAGCAACUGCAGGGAGGAAAUAGACAUUGUUUAUACUGAAGAGAAUGUUUAUGAAAAGUGUAAAGAUAUGCUUAGUAGACCAAGUAGCAUGCAAAUACAUGCAAUAGAUAUAUUCUACAUUCCAGUUUGUAUGUAUGUCCUGCCAUAUGCAGUAUACCAGUGUAUACCCAUUCCUGCAGGCAGGCAGACAAAAAUACACACAAACAUACACAGACAUGGACCGACACUAUCACAUUUCUUCUUUUCAAAUGAAAACAUCAAUAAUAUUAAAUGCUUUACUUUUAAAACAGAAACCCUUAACAAUGUAUGAACAAAAGUGAUAAGGUCUUUGAAAGUAGAGUAGCUGGUCAUAUUCAAAUAUUUUUGUAAAAAUAUUCAAGCUUGGGACCUAAUUAUUUACAAAUAUAGUCUUCUUUCCAGUCUCCCUGCCCUUGCACUUUAUUGUCUUUCUAUCUCUUUCACUUGCUCUCUACAUGAAUCCUUUCUAAAGGACUAUUGAUCAUUGAAAUUUAUGCCCUGUAAAUUUGCUUUGUGGGCAUAUUUUCUCUGACUAUUCAUUAUUCAUCCCUCAAGAGGAUCUUUAGCCAAGCACACUUGCUAUGACAAGGAUUUAACUUAUAAAUAUGACAGAAAAUAGGUCUUUCAACAUAUUAAUGAAAAACAAAUAAAAUAUAGAGGUAACUAUGUUGUAUUUUCUUGAACUUAGACGCUUUCUUAUAAUGUUUGCUUAGAAUUACCUUUGUCAUAUUUGUCAUUUGGGUGCUGGAGAAACAAACAUGCUGAAGCAUUAGUCUGUGCAUUUUCUUAACUGAGGAAAGCUUUUUAUUGCUAUUAGCGAUAUGCACACAGAAACCUUGUUUGACAAAAGGUACUUUCAAGUCAAUGUUACGGUUGCCAUGUAAGCAUACAGUACCAAUGUAGCAGGCAUUGAGAGUAAAUGGACUUGCCUUAAUUUCUAAAGGAGGGAGCAGGUGGGAGUGAGCCACAGGUCCUCCAUCUUGAGGGAGAGGUCACUAGGAGGGAUUCCUUGAAGAAGAGAAUGGAGAGAAGGUGGCUUUGGCUGUCUUCUGUCCAUUGGCCCUGCCCUGGAGCACACUUACGGAGCAGGCUGUGGGCCUUAAAUUAAAAGGGUGGGGGGGUCAGGACUGGUGUUAAGCAAUCAGAGUUUGCCCUCAGUCUGUGCUUCUUUGUCAUAGCUGGGCAUUCUUUCCAGAUAGCUAGGAGCACAAAGGCUACAAAAAGGUCCCAAGAUGGUAGGAGAUACAUCUUGGUGGACUUUUUGUUUUGCAUGUUUCUUAAGACUUUAUGUCAUGAGUCUUGCAAAGCAAAAAAACAAACAAAAUCCAACUUUUACCCAGUCUACAGCAGGAAAUCAAAGAAGUGGAAGGGAUGAAGGAAAAUAAGCACAGUAUCAUUGUUUGGUUGGUUUUCUUGUCUGUCAUUUUGAAGGACCAAUGUGGUGAAUACUCCCGCCAUUAUCAUUUACGUCUCCCUUAUUACUACACAAUCAUAUGAAUGCAGAGAGAUGAGGAGGCAUCUUUUAAAAGCCUUAGGAUAUUCUACUGAUGACCUCAAUAUUCACUUUCAGCCAUACUGGGAAAACUCACUUUUCAUGGAGUGCCACCUAACAGUGAAUGUAUUAGAGCAUGAAGUGUUUGGCAUGUAUGCACCUAUGUGUGUACACAUAUGCAAACACACACAUAUACACACACACAGCAUGCACAUCUCACACACGCACACAUUAUUCAAUUUGAAACUGCAGUCUAAUCACCCAACCUGAUUCUGUGGCCAUCAACUUUGAAAAUCAAUAUCUCCUUUGUUAGUAGGCAUAAACAUAAUUCAAAUAUUUAAAUAUUUAAGAGGAUAAAAAUCACUAGAAAACCAAUGAAAAAUGAAACCAUAAAUAAGAAAUGCCUAGCAGUCAUAGUCUAAAUACAUCGUCAAUUAUACUGAGAGCUGGCAAAUUGAAGAUGGACUUGAAUAUAAAUUACAAGCACUCAUGUUCACUUGUUUUAGCCAGGGAUACCUGUUCAGGUUCUUUCCUGUUAGGAUUCUAGACUGGGAAGUUGGAAGUCUCAGGAAAUGCACGUUUUCACGAGUUUUUUAGUUCUACAGUUUUACAGAUGCAAUGAUACCAUCUUCUAACCUUUGGUCCCUCAUCCAAAUGAGAGCUCCAUAGGUUGAAUGCUUGCAUUUUGAAUUGCUGACUGAAAAUAAUGCAGUGUCCUCUCAGGAUACGCUAAGCAAGAUUUUUAAAACUAUUUUAUUUUAUAGCACUUUAGUCUUUUCAAUUAGAUUUCAGUGACACAAUCGUGUAAAUGCUGUAUUUGCCAUAAUUUAUAGGUGGCUCCUGUGUUACAUACAGUUUUAAAUAAUGCUCUGAAUUGUUUGUUUUCCCAAUGACAAUGAUAAAAAUGUUCUUCAGAAUUUGUAAAACGUGUUGAUGGAAUCUGUUGAAAAUUGUGUCAUUUUUAUUUUAUUUGUGAUACUAUUGUGUGGGUAUUAGUUCUAAAUGUACAUUUGUAUGAGUCACAAGUAUGUGCUUGUAUAUGGUUUGUGUGUGUAAGUAUAUUGUAUCUUAUCAAAAAUUAAACUUAUCCUAAAGAAAAAGGGCACAUUGUGACCAGGCUUAAUUCAUUGCCAUUUUAUGUUGUUGCAAUCUGGGAUUAAAAUUUAAAGAGAGAUUAUGUUUUUAUUUAAAAUGGCCUUUAUUUUUGUUUAGAUCAUAGGAGGAAUGUCCUUUAGAGCUUAUCUGAGUUUCCACAAGCAAACUAUCCAGCUUGUGGAGCACCCAGUGCUUCUCAAAUGUCUCAAAUGUCAAUUAAUUUAUUAACUUCAUUAUCCUGCAAAGAGAUUAAAUUAAUAUUCAUUUCCAUCAACCACAGAACCAAUGCACUUUUAAAGCUGUUCUUCCAAACCAGGAACCCAUUUUGCUUGUAAUGAUAAGUUUUCCAUGAAAAAAUUGUUUCUCUAAAGCAUGACUUUUUAAAAAUUGGAUCUUCUCAGGUAAGAUGAACUGCCUUGGCUCAGUGAAAGUUGCUAAAGGCCCAUCAACAUUAGGUGGUUCCAACAUGGUUCCCUUAUCAAAACAUGAUCAUGAGCACUCUUCUACACUUCCGCUAUCUGCCUACAUGUAGAAUAGCAAUAGAAAAUGCAUGUACAAUUCAAAGAUCUGUACAGAUUGUCAUGCUCAAAGCAAAAACUCUGUAAUCGCCUUGGGCCUUGGGUCUGGGUAUGGAAUAGUAAUCAGUCUCCUUAUUUCCUCUCUUUCUCCAUUCUCAAUUAUUUCUUUUUCACACUUGGGGUUGCCAGAUAAAAUACAGGAUACCCAGUGAAAUUUAAAUUUCAAACAAACAAUAAAUACUUUUUAAUAUUAGAAUUUCCCAUCUAUUUUAUGAGAUAAUCCAUCAGCCCUCUCCUUCCAACCUCUCUUUUUCAGCUGGGCUACCUAUAAAAGGUGAGAUCCUUCUUCCUUCCACACCAUUAUGUUAGAUAUCUCACAAAAUUCUAUAGCCCUAAUACCCUUCAUGAAAGAAAAUGCUGAUCUAUGCCAACCUCCACAAAUGCUUUAUAAAGGACCAACUCAAAUAGAUGGAAUAAUUAAGCAAUUACCUUUAUGAGAUUAAUACCACCACAUUCAAAAUUUCCCUUCACUGGCCUGUUGGAAGAGCCAGAAUCUUCCCCAUUAAUCCUUUAAGUAACAUUUCUCCAGUAAUUGGGAUGAUGAGAAACACACCCACACAUUAAACAUGCCACUGGAAAGUGGUGGCACCUUCUAACUCAGGACCAGGACCUCUUUUAAAACCGAACUGCUCUUUCUUUCAGAGGGGUAACAAACUAAUCCACUACUCCUCCUAGUAACACCUUCCCACAGGUUAUUUUUUAUCAGAUUAGAACUGGUCAACUAUGAAACUGUAGAAAAUUUGACAUAGAAAAGACCUCUCCUGACUGCCUGAGGGAAGAAGAGUCUGAAGUAUAGACACAUUCCUGUCGGUGGAUCCUGAGGAGACCGGGCAGGAGCUGGGGGCUGGGUGGGGAGUGGAAUAUGGUCCCUGUCAAUGAACGAGCACCUGACAGAGAUUUGCCAAAGCAAAUUAUAACAACCAGCACUUGUUCUGAGGAACUGGAGACUUGACACCCCAGAGUAAGAACAGAAUGAUCUACAGCCAGUUUCUAGAACACUUUGUGGAGAAUACAACCAUGUUGGAAUUCCUAAAAUAGAGUUUUCAAAUACUGCUAUACCCCACAAUGAAUCCUUGGCAUAGUCUGAAUGUGGAAGGAGUUUUGGAACAGUUUUGGUACCUAUCCCCUCUCUUCAAAUUCCUGUAAGUGAUAAGAAAACCCAGAUUCGGUCAUAGAACAUCUCCAUCUCAUGCCCUCACUUGCACAUAUUUGUGUUGAUUUGUUUCAUUUCCAAAGGAUGGGGAUUUGCAGAGCUGGUGACAUUUCUUUCAUUAGACACUAGAAAUUCACCAGAGGGAGACAGAUCUGUGCCUUCUCUUUUUAGGAUCUGGUCACUGAUACUUUAAUAAAUGUAGUAUAAAGAAAACACACACCUACUGUUCUGUUUAGCUAGUGUGAGUUUUUUGAUAAGAUUGUGUUCUUACUGUAAAAAAAAGUUUCUUUGUAUCCAGUGAAAUGCCUAAUAAAGUCCUGGUACCAGU